AUGACCUCUGACCGGAUUGCAUUCCUGAAUCGAUACAAAACAGUAGACAAUGAAUUUUUGGAACAUUCUGAAUGGAUCCGUAAACUUCGGACACCAUCAUUGAUUGGAAUUGGGAUGCAUAUGAAUGAAUUAAUGUGUUCAAUGCCAAAAAGUUGCUUACUGUACAAUUUUACAUAUGCUAGUUUUGGUGAAGUACCAGCCUUUCUGAAUUUAUUAUUUCAUGGACUAUUUGAUAAACAUUUCACGAUUGAAAUGCCGUAUCAUUUGGGUUCAAUUUUUGCAACAAAAAUAGAUUUCUUUGCUGUAUUAGCCAUCUUUUGUGCAUCAAUCAUAUUAUGCUGUAGCAUUCGAGUGUUGACUACCGUAUCGAUAAUAAUGGUAACUAUAUGUGCCUUGGCAACCAAUAGUACCGCAUUUGUUGGCUUCUAUUUUGCUGAUCCAAAUAAUUGGUUGGCUGCUGGCUUUUUCAAAGAUGGCACUAUCGGUAUGCUAAAAGGUGCAUCAAAUUAUUUAUGUACUUUUAUUGGUAUUGAAACACUCAGUUUUUUAUUGGAAGAAACGAAAAAUCCACGGAAACGACUUCCACUUAUCAUGCCAUUUAUAAUUACCGCUCUAACAUUAAUUAUGUUUUUAACAACAAUGGUGAUUACAUUGGUUGCUGAUAUCACAACAUAUCCCAACGAUAUGCUUUUUCCAGAUAUUUUUGAUAAACUUGGGAUACCCUCCGCGAAAUAUGUGAUGACAGUUGGAUCAGUUUGUGGCUUAUCCGGAACAAUGCUUGCAAUAUUUGUGCCAGCAACAAGAAUUUUAGCAUCACUUUGUGGCGAUAAUUUACUUCCACUAAAUUUACUCUCUCAUACGAGCAAGAAGAGAGGUGUACCGUAUCAUGCAGUUCUAUUAUGCGCUCUACUCUCAUCUUCACUUAUCAUUCUCAACACCGUCAAAUUAUUUGCAAUUAUUGCUUUCAGUACUCCAUUAAGGCUAAUAUUACUCGCUUGUUUGGUAUACAAUCAACGAUAUAAUCCGAAUAUUGUUGGAUUACUUCGUGAAACAGCAUUUUAUCGUGUUAUUCAUCAUAAACGAUAUAGAAUGCAUUCAUAUAUUUCUACAAAUGAUAAAGAUUCAACAUCAUCAAUUACUCUUUCCAAAUGGAGUACAGAUGAUGAAAGCAAUGAAAUGAUAAGCGGUCAUGAAAUUUUACAAAAUAUCAUAGCUCAACAAGAAGCACAAUGUAAUCAAUGGCUGGAAAAAGCAUUUUUCUCCAAGAAUCUGAAAUUGAUUCAGUCGCAAUCGUUAACGGAAAAUCUGAAGGAAACGACGACGAAAUUUUGCAAGGAUCGAAAACGACCAUCACUGUUAUCACUUGAUAGUAGUUAUCACUUUGGUCAUAACUGUAUCAGAUCACCUUGCGUUAAUGCUACAACUGAUAUCAAUAAGCAUAAAUUUCACAUUUUUGAACAUGACAUUCCGGAAUUGGCAUAUUGGACCAAUUAUCCUGGAUCGAUGGACAGUUCGGAGAAUUUUGACAAAACUGACUAUAAACGUUCAUUGAGAACUUUAUCACUUUUCUUUGUAAUUUCCGUAACUAUUGGAUUUCUGAUCUUAAAAACAGAAAGCGGCUUAACAAAGCUCUAUUCAAUCUUGCUAGUAUUACUGGCAUGUCUUGCUUUGGGAUGUCUCGUAAUGAAUAGUUCCCAACAAAAAAUUAAUCCGAUGAACAAUGAGCGAAGCUGUAAAACACCUGUAUUCCCGUACCUUACACUUUUUACAAUCUUUCUGGCUACACUGAUAGCUUGCACUACUGAUUACAUCACAGUUAUCGAAUUUAUCGCUUGGAUUGUUGUUGGAAUAAUACUCUACGCACUAUACGGCUACAGGCAUAGCAAAGAAGCUCGUGCAUCAUUGAAUAGUUUGAUCAUUACGAACUGUAUGAUAACAGAUAGUUCCUCAACCGAAAUCAUGAAUAAUACCAAUAAUUAUCAAUCUACUGGAUGA